AUGUUGGCUGAGAGACAACCAGGAACACUCCUCAAUACCAUAGAGUCAAACCCGAGGGAGCAUGUCAAGGAUGUCACCUUGAGAUCAAGUAAGCAGUUAACUAGCUCUUUACCUAUGGCUGAUCAUGAUAUUAUUGUGCAAGAUGAGCCAGCCAGAGAGGAGCCCGAAACUAAGGUGACAAAGCUUACACAAACCGAGGAUAAGAAGAAGAGUCCUCUGAGACAAUACCGGCCGCCAAUUCCAUAUUCUACCAUGUUGAAGCAGCAAAAGGUUGAUCAACAGUUUGGUGAAUUUUUAGAUUUAUUUAAACAGCUGGGGAUUAACCUAUCUUUUGUUCAGCCUAUAUCACAAAUGCCUAGGUAUGCGAGAUUCUUGAAGGAGAUUUUAAGCAACAAAAGGAAGCUAGAGGACUUGGGGCUAGUGACACUAAAUGAGGAGUGCUCAACCAUUCUUCAAAUCAAGCUGCCAGUAAAGAGGCGUGAUCUAUGGAGUUUUACUGUUCCCUGUAUUAUUGGUGAUUUGCAUAUUAGUGAUGCUUUAGUUGACUUAAGAGCUAGCAUCAAUUUAAUGCCUAGUAGUUUUUUUGAAAAAUUAUGUUUGAGUGAGCCAAAACCCACUAGGAUGAGCAUACAGUUAGCGGAUAGGACUAUAAAAUUUCCUAGGGGGAUAGUUAAGGAUGUACUUGUUAAAAUAGAUAAGUUUAUAUUUCCUGUUGAUUUUAUUGUUAUGGAUAUGGAGGGUGAGAGUAGCGUACCUUUAAUCCUAGGUAGACCUUUCCUUGCAACAUGUAGGACUGUUAUAGAUGUAUGUGAUGGGAAGUUACAGCUUAGAGUAGGCGAUGAGACUGUUACCUUUGACCUUAGCACUUUUAUAAGGCAUUCAUUGGACCAUGAUGAUACUGUAUAUUGUGUGGCUGUUUUAGAUGAUAUUGUGGGGUCUAAAUUGCAUGAGGUAUUACUUGAUGAUCCUUUGCAGGUGGCAUAA